AUGGACGUAAGCACGUUUUUAUAUAAUGGUUAGGAUUAUAGGGUUUGAAGGUGUUUUGUGGGUACAGCUGGGGGUACUGUAGUUUGUUUUUAUGUAGGUUAUGGUGAGGCUAGAACUUCCGCUAGCACUAAGUUUUAGAAUAAAUCAAAGGCUAAGGAGAAAGUAAAGCUGGAUCAGGAUCAAGAUCAAGUUCAGGCUCAGGCUCAAGCGCAGGCUGAGCCACAGGCUCAGGCGCAGCCUCAGGCUGAGUCUCAGGCUCCGGCUCAGACUCAGGCUCAGGCUAAGAAAGUCAGACUAAAAAAACUUGUAUAUGAACAUUUAUGUUUUAAUUGA